AAAGACGCAGCAGAAAGAACCUUCACCUAACAACACAUCAGGGUUCUCAGACACCGAACGAUCAAGUGGCUGCUGAUCCGAUAGACCUAGAGUCCGCAACCUCCAGGCAAGGAAAGGAGUCACCACUUCCCAAAGAUACACCUCCUGCAAGCGGUGAGGGUCUUGUGGCUUUUUUUGGGAAGAAAAGAACACAAUCCUACACCCAGGGCAAUCAUCUAUCAUUUCUAGAGCCGAACACUUCUGUGGACUGCGGAAGAGUGUGCAUUUUCCCGACCACCAUGUCCGCAGCAACUAGGGCCCUGCCAUCUACUGAGCACUCCAUCGAUCUAUUUUCGCGAGACUACGCCCUCUCGCUCGAUGCCGCAGAUCCGCUGUCUCAUUUUCGCGCGGAAUUUCACAUCCCGACUCUGGCAGAUCUGAAAAGGCCAACGCUGGCCAAGUCUCCCGAAGAAGCGCCCUCUCAGCCUUGCACAUACUUGUGCGGCAACUCUCUUGGUCUUCAGCCCGUCAGGACUGCAAAUCUGGUCAACUCCUUCCUUACACAAUGGCGCACGAAAGGAGUAUUGGGACAUUUCGUCGAGCAUUCAGACUGUCCCCUCCAACCGUUUUUGCACAUCGAUGACCAUGCCGCGAAACUUAUGGCUCCAAUCGUGGGUGCUGUUGAGUCGGAAGUGGCCGUCAUGGGUUCCUUGACGGCGAAUCUGCAUCUCCUCAUGUCGAGUUUCUACCGCCCCAGCCAAAAGAGCCAAGGGAGGUGGAAGAUUCUGCUCGAGGGCAAAGCUUUUCCCAGCGAUCAUUAUGCGGUUGAAUCGCAAAUUAUCCAUCACGGUCUGGACCCGGCAGAAGCAAUGAUCUUGUUGGAACCGAUCGAUCCUAAGUUUCCCACCUUACCCACUGACCAAAUCCUUCAAACAAUCGACCGCCACGCCUCGGAGCUUGCCUUGAUUCUCCUACCAGGUAUCCAAUUCUAUACUGGUCAAUACUUCGACAUCCCUCGUAUCACAGCCCAUGCUCACUCGCACGGCAUCAUGAUUGGCUGGGACCUCGCUCAUGCCGCUGGUAAUAUUGACCUCAAGCUGCACGAUUGGAACGUUGACUUUGCCGCUUGGUGCACCUACAAGUAUCUCAACUCUGGGCCGGGCGCAAUGGCCGGCAUCUUUAUCAAUGAGAAGUUUGGCAAAGUUGAUAUGGAAAGUCCAACCCACAAGUUCUGGCCGCGAUUGACUGGCUGGUGGGGAGAUGAUAAAUCGAGCAGGUUCCAAAUGACGAAUAGAUUCGUCCCCAGACCUGGUGCCGCAGGUUACCAGUUGUCCAAUCCAAGCGCGCUCGAUCUUGCGGCCGUGGUUGCCUCGUUACAGAUAUUCAACGAAACGUCAAUGAAGGAGCUGAGGGAGAAAUCUCUGCGCUUAACCAACUACCUAGAGCAACUCUUGGAUGCCAUGGCGUUGAAGAGACCGGGGAAAUUCAACAUCAUCACUGCCAGAAACCCGGAAGAAAGAGGCGCACAGCUAAGCAUCCGACUUGCACCUGGCUUACUUGACGGAGUCCUGAAUCAUCUCGAACAUGAAGGCGUCAUUGUGGACGAGAGGAAACCUGAUGUCAUUCGAGUUGCUCCCGCACCCUUGUACAACUCCUUUGCCGAUGUCUUCCACUUCUGUCAGGUACUGGACGACGCUCUGGGCCAGGAAAAGUUGUCCACUGCAAGACCAAGCCCAGCGUCAGAAGGAUUGGCAAGUCUCUGAAGCGGAGAGCCAUCAUCGCCACAGUCCAGCUGAAGCGCUUUUUGAUGUGACCAGGCCUAUCAUGCACCUCAGUGUCAUGCUCAGCCAACAAAGUCUUGAGGCUAGAGCUCCAGGGCAGCUUUCAUUGGCCUAUGUCGUACCAACGACCCCAUAGGUUUAAGCACACAAGUCGCACGAUAUUUGUCAACCAAGAUGUUGAGAGUCGUGCUUUCCCGGAAGUGCAUUGGUGUCUACGCAGAGCGGCUGACUCAUAGCACCCAAGUUCGAUCAAUCGUCCUCGCUAUCGCUUGGGUCAGCCUCACGCCAUAGGACAAAGUCAAAUUUGCCAUCGAGGUUUGCUCGCAUAUACUCGCGAAUCAUCUCCUGCGAAUCCUCGGUCAAAUCAUAAUCAGGAUCAACGGCCAUCAGCGACAGGUUGAACCCCUUCUGCUUCUCAGGAUCAAGACUCAUCAAGAACUCCAUGAUGGCCCCCGAGGUGAACCGAGUCAUGGCGUACAACGUAAGGUUCUUCAGGUAUUUGAGGUUCGCAAGGGGUUGGAGGAUGUCGGCCGAUACUUCGCCUCCACUUGUCCAAAAGUCUUCAAGAAGUGGUAGGCUGACAGCGAGAGAAAUGAUGUGCUCUUCCGAGAACUCAUCCGAGACAUCCUUCAAGACAAGUUCCCUCAGAUUUGUCAAGUUACACAACCCUUCAACCAUGAAUUGUAGGUCAUCCGGCAUCGUAUCUUCACCAUUUCCUUUGAGCCACACCGACUCGAGGGUUCUCUGCUCAGCCAACGCAGUGUGGAACAACUGAGAAUUGGUGUGGCGUACGGUAUAGCCUUCGAGGGAUAACCUUGUCAACCUCACACUGGGGGAACAUAAUACUCUGGAGAGUAGAGCGGGCCCAUCAAAGAAUUGCUUCAGGCUGAGAUCGCAGAGGGUUUUGCAAGAGCUUAGCCAUUCGACGACUUCCAGGAAUACAUCGUUGUUUCGAAGCUCCAGCUGGAUAUUUCCAUAUCUGUCGUCGAGUUUCAGUGUCUGGAUCUCAGUGCAGUCCUUGAGGGCGUUCAGGUUUCGCACCGCAUCUUGAUUCAGACUCCCCAGAUCCAGUUGUUGUAGUGUCUUGUGCCGGCCGAGCGCUUGAAAGGAUCGCUGGCCAAGAUCAUUGUUGCUGAUCAUUUCAAAGUACCUCAGCGUAUCGGGUUUGAGCUCGUUCAGGAAAGUGGCAAAUGCCUCAUCCGCAUCUGGAGACUCCCACUCAUGUAAAGUCAAGCUGUGGAAAUUAUCGCAAUGCUCAGCAAGUGCAGCCCCAGCGCCGUUGACCAGGGCGUCGCCUUUCCAAAGCACCAUGGUCUGCAGCUUUGGCGAUCGAGAUAUCCACCUUGACAAGAAUCCCGGGCCCAUGUGGCCGUCAAUCUCCUCCAGCAGCGUCGUCUUGGUGGUCACCGCAUCUCCAAUGGCAUUAACUGUGGCAACGACGUCCACCACCUGCCUCUUGUAUUCAACCUUGGGGAAAUGGAACGCCUGGAGUUUCCCGGCAAAGAACUGCUUCCGGACAGGGCCUGUGAACUUAAGGUCUUCCAACAUCAACGACAAGUUCCGGAAAUCCAAGGUUUUGAUGUAGCGACAGUAGGGCUUGUAAGUAGCGUGAUCGUCGACGCUCGAGAGAAUGAUCGAGCGCCAUAAUACCGUCCAUUUCCGGUAGAACUGCGCCUGUUCAGCGGCCUUGGUCGCGAAGUCGGUCGGCCGUUGCCGGACUUCUAGGUCAUCUCUCUGCUCGAACGCUGGAGAGUGCUGGUGUAGUCUGCGGCACGUCAAUCGCCAAGAUCAUGGUAGGAGGGCGAAAGGAAUUGUCGAACUUACUGAUACAUAGUCCGAAGCGCGGGGUCUGCGAAAGACUUGGAACUCAGAGCG